AUGUCGCCUUGCGCUCGCGGCGCAAUAUCACGAUUCUUGCGAUUUGAUUUAUUGCGAUCAAAUCUUCAACGAUGUCCUCGACAACUGACGCAAACACGCUCUCUACGGCCUCGCAUUGCAGCGUUGCCGAUCAACACCCUUAACGGCGUAUGCCAACGAGCGCAUCAGAAUCGCUAUUUUUCAACAACUCGGUUUCAACGAGAUAAAUCGCCCCCCAAUGCCUUGACCGAGAUCCUACCCAUAUUCUGCCCCGGAUGCGGCGCGUUUUCGCAAACCAUCGAGCCGCACGAGCCGGGGUACUACAGCACGGCCAAAAGGGAGAACCGGAAGCUCAUCGCAGCACGAAAAGAGGCGCUUGAAAGUACAGAGGGUAUUAGUGAAGAUGCCGCGACUUCUAAGGAUCAGCAGAGCAAUGAUACUGAGGAACAUGUGGUUCCUCAACCGAUGCAUGGGGCAAAAGACAGCGCUUUACCAGACCAGACAACUACUCCUAGCCGUGAUUCUGUUGAAGCCCCGGAUCGCGCACCCCGCAUCUGCGAUCGAUGCCAUGACCUGAUUCACCACAACAAGGCCGUGACUUCGCCCAAACCGUCGAUCUUUUCUAUCCGAGAAUUCCUGGCUGAGUCGCCCUACAAGAACAAUCGUGUAUACCACAUCAUUGAUGCAGCCGAUUUCCCCAUGUCCCUCGUGCCGCGUAUCCAGAAGGCCCUCUCGCUCCAGGAGCAGCGGUCUCACAACCGACGGUCCCAUACCGAGAAGUACUCUCAAGGCCAGAAACUGCCCACACUCUCGUUCAUCAUCACACGCUCAGAUCUUUUAGCGGCGACCAAGGAGCAGGUCGACUCGAAGAUGGAGUAUGUCCGGUCACUCCUCCGUGAGAAUAUCGGCAGAGCGGGGAGAGACGCCCGCCUGGGUAAUGUGCAUAUGAUUAGUGCACACCGUGGCUGGUGGACCAAGCAGCUCAAGGAAGAAAUCCGGAAACACGGUGGUGGGAUUUGGGUGGUUGGCAAGGCGAAUGUUGGCAAGAGCAGUUUCAUUGAAGCCUGUUUUCCCAAAGACUCGAGGGCUCUCGAGCAGAUGAAGGAGUGGGUUGAGCACCGUCGGGCAGAAAACGAGAUCCCAAACCAGCGGCAAGCGGCUCUUCUCGACCCUGGUAGUCUCCUUCCUCCUGCGCCUCGCGAGGGCAUGUAUCCCAUGCUUCCGGUUGUGUCUUCACUGCCGGGCACAACCGGUGAGGUUAUUGACCUGCCUGGUCUGGAACGUGGCCAGCUCGAGGAUUACGUGCGCGAUGAACACAAGCGCGAUCUGAUCAUGACCAAGCGCAUCAAGCCCGAGCGCUAUUCCAUCAGACCGGGCCAAUCUCUACUUCUCGGGGGUGGCUUGGUCCGCAUUACGGCUGUCAACCUCGAGGAUACUAUUAUGGCGGCAUGCUUCGUGCCCAUCGACUCCCACAUCACCAAGACAGAAAAGGCCAUUGAGAUCCAGGCCGAAACACGUCCCUACUCCGGUACGCUCAUGAAAGAAGGUACGGGGAGCACCAUGUCGUCGGCCGGGAAGUUCGAGCUACGAUGGGAUGUCACAAACGCCCACCUGCCCACUUCCCUCGCAAAGGCUGUGCGUGACAAGAGAUCAACUGUGCCAUCAUUGCCGUACCGGGUCAUGUCGGCCGACAUCCUCAUCGAAGGCUGUGGCUGGAUUGAGGUCAGCGUGCAGAUUCGCAGUAAGCAGACUUCUAUCACCGACGCUCCGGUCUAUCCACAGGUCGAGGUAUUCACUCCCAACGGUCAGCAUAUUGGCUCUCGACCACCGAUGGAGUGCUGGGCCUUCGUCGCCGAGAAGAACAAAAGCGACAGGCGCAAGACGCCGCGGUUGAAGCUGCGCCGUUCAUAA